CGGGCUCCUGUGUCCCCCGCGGCGAGACGAUGAGCAGCCACGGCAACAGCCUGUUCCUGCGGGAGAGCGGCCCGCGCCUGGGCCGGGCGGGCUGGCUGCGGCGCACGCGCGAGGGCCUGCAGCGGCGAGCACUGCGCCUGCGCCUGCGCCUGCAGACCACCACGCGCGAGCACGUGCGGCGCUUCCUGCGCCGGAACGCCUUCAUCCUGCUCACCGUCAGCGCCGUCGUCAUUGGAGUCAGCCUGGCAUUCGCCCUGCGUCCAUACCAGCUCACUUACCGCCAAAUCAAAUACUUCUCCUUUCCUGGCGAGCUUCUGAUGAGGAUGCUGCAGAUGCUGGUCCUGCCUCUUAUUGUCUCCAGUCUGGUCACAGGUAUGGCGUCCUUGGACAACAAGGCCACAGGGCGGAUGGGGAUGCGGGCAGCUGUGUACUACAUGGUGACGACGGUCAUCGCGGUCUUCAUCGGCAUCCUCAUGGUCACCAUCAUCCACCCUGGCAAGGGCUCCAAGGAGGGGCUGCACCGAGAGGGCCGCAUUGAGACCGUCCCCACGGCCGACGCCUUCAUGGACUUGGUCAGAAAUAUGUUUCCGCCCAACCUCGUGGAGGCCUGCUUCAAACAGUUCAAGACUCAGUAUAGCACCAGGGUGGUCACCAGGACGGUGGUGAGGACGGAGAACGGGUCGGAGCCGGGAGCCUCGGCGGCGCCCCUGUCCCUGGCGGACAACGAGAGCAGCGUGGUGGAGAACGUCACUCGGGCCCUGGGCACCCUGCAGGAGAUGCUCAGCUUCGAGGAGACCGUGCCGGUGCCCGGCUCUGCCAAUGGCAUCAAUGCCCUGGGCCUGGUGGUCUUCUCUGUGGCUUUCGGCCUGGUCAUCGGGGGCAUGAAACACAAGGGCCGCGUCCUCAGGGACUUUUUCGACAGCCUCAACGAGGCCAUUAUGAGGCUGGUGGGCAUCAUUAUCUGGUACGCGCCCGUGGGCAUCCUGUUCCUGAUCGCGGGGAAGAUUCUGGAGAUGGAAGACAUGGCGGUCCUGGGCGGUCAGCUGGGCAUGUACACGCUGACGGUCAUCGUGGGCCUGUUCCUGCACGCCGGCGGCGUCCUGCCCCUCAUCUACUUCCUUGUCACCCACCGGAACCCCUUUCCCUUCAUCGGGGGCUUGCUGCAGGCGCUCCUCACCGCCAUGGGCACCUCCUCCAGCUCGGCCACUCUGCCCAUCACCUUCCGCUGCUUGGAGGAAGGCCUGGGCGUGGACCGUCGCAUCACCAGGUUUGUGCUGCCCGUGGGUGCCACGGUCAACAUGGACGGAACCGCUCUCUACGAGGCCCUGGCCGCCAUCUUCAUCGCCCAAGUCAACAACUACGAGCUCAACUUGGGCCAGAUCACCACGAUCAGCAUCACGGCCACGGCGGCCAGCGUGGGCGCGGCCGGCAUCCCCCAGGCGGGCCUGGUCACCAUGGUGAUCGUGCUCACCUCCGUGGGCCUGCCCACCGAGGACAUCACACUCAUCAUCGCUGUGGACUGGUUUCUCGACCGGCUCCGCACCAUGACCAACGUGCUGGGGGACUCGAUCGGCGCGGCCGUCAUCGAGCACCUGUCCCAGCAGGAGCUGGAUCUGCAGGAGGCCGAGCUCACCCUUCCCAGCCUGGGCAAGCCCUACAAGUCACUCAUGGCACAGGAAAAAGGGGCGUCCAGGGGCCGGGGGGGUCACGAGAGCGCCAUGUGA